UGAGGCGGUGGUGUUUUCGGCAGCAGCACACUGACGGAGCUCUGAAUCUGCGCCGUCUGUUUGAAUGUUAAUUAGUGGCGUUUCUGUCCGUACCGUGACUUUUAGCUUAAAAAGAAAUGGCACAGACAGAAGCUGCUUUAUAACCCCCCGACCAUCAACACUGGAGCUGCUACAAGCUAGCACCAAAGACUGCUAGCUCCUCGUUACGAUCGCAGCUGGUACCAAAAUGUCCACCACUUCGUUGGAUAAAGAGCUUCAGGAGCGGCUGAGAGAGGCGUCUGCUAUCGGAGACAUCGACGAAGUGAAGACGUUGGUGGAGAGUGGAGUCAAUGUGAACUCUCAAAACGAGAUCAAUGGAUGGACGUGUCUCCACUGGGCAUGCAAGAGGAACCAUAAGCACGUAGUGUCCUACUUACUGAGCUGUGGAGCAGACAAAGACAUCCUCACAGCUAAAGAUGAGCUAGCAUCACAGCUCACGUCUAAAGCAGAGAUCAAACGACUUUUAGGAGUUGAGGUGGAGGAAGUGCCUGAAGUGAAGGAGCCCGAGUUGCCAAUCAUCCCCAACUACCUGUCGAACCCGCCUUUCAUUUAUUCAAAGAUGGAUGGAAAGUUAGAGGCCCUGCUGGACCAGCACCUUACGCAGAACGGCUCAGGAGAACCAGCUGAAGACGCACAAAGUGAUACACCCUCCCUGUCCCCAACUCAUGAGCCUCAAAAACCACAGAGCCUGGUCUCUGACGGCACCAUGCUUCCCACCAACCCCCCCACCCACAGCAAAGCCCCGCUGACUGAAUUCAUCCCUGUGAGCGAGCAAAACGGCGUAUCUCCAAACCCAGCCUCGUCCCACAGCCACACCGUCGUUAACUGCACCGUGCCCAUGGACCUGUCAGUGGAGCCUCACCUCGUCAACCACGCUGACUACCCGCACACGAUGGCGCACAACGGCACCAUGUGCUCGCCUCCAUUGGCGUCACAGAGUCCCGGUCUGGGCGGCAGCAGCACGGGCCAGGUCCAGGCCCCGGUGGCCAGCGCCAACCCAACGAUGAGCCGGCAGCAGUCCAUCCCACAGCAGCUGAGCUACACUCAGGCCGGGGGGUCCAUGCCCGCAUUCCAGCCUUUCUUUUUCACCAGCACCUUUCCUGUCAACGUGCAAGAGUUGGUGCUGAAAGUGCGAAUCCAGAACCCUCAUGCACGAGAGAACGACUUCAUCGAGGUGGAGCUGGACCGCCAGGAGCUCACCUAUCGCUCUCUUAUGAGGGUGUGCUGCCGCGAGUUGGGCAUCAGCGCUGAGCACGUGGAGAAGAUCCGCAAGCUGCCAAACACCAUGCUGAGAAAGGAUAAGGAUGUGGCUCGGCUGCAGGACUUUCAGGAGCUGGAGGUUGUGCUGGAGAAAGCAGAGGGUCUGUCUCUUUUCUCUGCAGCUGGAGGCCUAACAGACAGACCCUGCUACAACAUGAAAGCCUCUCGCCUCACCUACUAGGUGUACUCAAGAGCACGAAGUCUCCCUCCGUAUGAUGGGCUUCUGUAGCUUCCCUCGAGCGACCGUUACUAGUUGCCUAGCCAGGUCUCUUGUUCCAGCUUUUUUAGCCUUUGGUGUUUGGCCAAACUUCCUAACUGGGGUUUGUUUUUUCUAGUUCUGUAGCUAUUGUCCUCCUCCAGUCCUCCUCUGGCCCUCCUGCCGCUUUAGUGUACCCAACCAGCUCGAAGCGAUUACUGAUGCAUGGUGUCCUCGAUUAUGUGCGAAAGUAUUCGGGCCCCUCUCUCCUCUCUUUUCUCUUUCUUUACUCCCACUGCACUUUGUGCCAACGCUCCAGUGGGACAACAGAGGGAGGCAUUGGCUUGUCUUCCUUACAGACUGGACUUGAAUAGGAUUUUGCAAUAGCCUUACAUGGACUCAACCCUAUACUGGACUAUAGUCAGAGAGGAAAUGUGACACAGGAGCAGAGGAUGAUGGGAAGGAUUUACAUAACACUAACUCUUUGAAGAUCAUGGUCAGUACACAGAAAGGUCAAGUUGCAGCACAGUGGACUUGCACACAACAAGGAGUGUUUUUCAGAUGUUUUAGCUGGUGCACACGCUCAUACAUGCUGUAGGCAGAAACCUUAGUGUCUUUCCAGCAGAGGGUGCCCAUUACUAGCCUAAGGUGAGAGGGAUUCAUCUUUAAUUUGCUGGCCAAACAAACUUAAAUCAUACAAGGAUGGACAUGAGACUGGGUUUUCAUCAUAUUUAAUCAUCCAGUCUUACACUGUGGAAAAGACUUUCUUAGUUCUGUUGGAAGUAUUCUUUUACAUGUCUUGUAAUGCCAGACAAAAACUUGAUAUCUACAGUAGAUAAAUGUGCUGCAACUUGAGCAGGACUAAUUUUUAUUUUAUUUUCUACAAUGUACAAUCCCAUCUGCUUUGCAGAGUGUGAUCUUCAGUUCAGUCAGAGUAACAACUGUGAAGUAUUUAUUUGAAAUGUUUGAGUUAUUCUCUCUCAUAAAGGGAGGCAUCUGUUGCGCUUUAGAGAGGCCCAUUAGAGUUUGUGUAUGAGUCACAAACUUAAUUUAUCAUAGAAAUUAAGCCUUAUGUGUCUGUUCUUCUGUUUAGCCAUUAUUUAGACUUUAAAACCAAAAACUAACCUAGCCAGCAAAGGUACCAACUGCAAAGCAAACUAUCACUGCUUCAGAGAAUGCAGCCUUGUUAGCCUUUAUCCCCAGAAAAUGUAGAGUAUUUAUAUAACAUAUAGGAGAGAGCAUGAUGAUCUGUGUUUAUGACUCUUGGUUUUAUGAUUAAGUGCUUCCUUGUUUCUCUAAGGCUGGCUUCACACUAGAUGAUCUUGGGCCUGAUUUUGGACUCGAUUAGCCCCCCAACAAUCAGGGGUGUGUGACCUAAAUCGGAGGCUUGUUGCAACUAAUUAUAGAUCCAAAUAAUCCUAAAGUGUGUGGUGCCUGCAUGAAUAUUUUACUGCUCCCUGGUUAGGUUGGCACUUCCUUGAUCUGGGAUCAUAAAUAACAAACAUGUUUGAUUUUUGCGAUUCUGUAUCAGGGGUCUAAUGCCUGCACGAGACCUAGCACUAUUGAAAAUUCACCCAGUGCACCAAACAUGCUCAAAUACGUAACAACACAGGCCAGACUGGCUGGGUUAGUGUCACUUUUUAACCGCUUUUCUCCCUCACAGGGGUACAAUCGUGUCUUCAAAGCCAACAGGGAGCUAUAAAGUUAAGUAAAUGAACUGUAUGACAUGCUAGUUUGACUCAUUCCCAACCCUUUUCCUUAGAGCCCCCCUACUGAUAUCUAACAAAAGCAGAGCCCCCCAAAGACCCAUGCAAAAAUAACUGAAACAUUUCUAUCACUGAUUGUUAAUAUUGUGAAUUUCACCAAUAAUAUUCCAGCAUAAAAGCCUUACAACACUUUUCCCUAGCAACAGACCUUUGUUUAAUCUUUCCACUAAUGUUUUAUUAGUAUUUAGGAAGGCUAAUGCACUGUAUAUCUGUGCAAAUAUUUUUUUUUCACAGUAUCAGAAAUUAUAAAGUCUUGUAUUGGGAGGGAAAGAAUUGUAUUGGAACAUCCCUAGUUUUUAUCAAUGAAACAGUUAAAAUCAAUCAGCCACAUGUCACUUUUUUGUUAGGUCUUGGAUGGACUGAGCUUAUAAGUAUAAGUAUGGAGGGCUCCAGAAACAUUGGGAACCACUUGUUUGCAGAAGGACAGAUAAACCAUUUAAUCUCUCCCCAAAACAGUGUGCAGCUGACUUAUAUUACAGAUUUUAUUGGCAGCAUUCUUCUCAGCCAGGAUUUCACAGAUAAUAUCGCUCUUCAGUAGAACAGAAUGAACACCAAGACUGCCAGUUAAUGACACAAGUCAUCCUCCAUUUCUUUCUAAGUCAUGUUUGAUCACCCAAGUUUCUGUGAGAUCUCGUCUCUGUGGAGCAGGUGUGUGGUUUCAUGAUCUGGCCAUAUUGCCUAGCUUGUUCUUCUGAGGAUAUUAAUCUUAAAAAACAGUUGAAAUGGUCCUUAACUCUGUGGUACAUCAAGUUAUCAAACUGGUUUAGGCUGGAGGCACACUCAAUGAUAAAAUUGUCCAUGUGUUUUUUAAAAAACGUGGACCACAGAUGUACUAACAGUUUCAAACUAUUUUCAUUUUAGAAUUCUCGUUCUAGGCCUGUAGUCAGUUUUCACAGAGAAGAUUCCCCUCACACAAGAUCUUACAACAUGAUCAGAUGUGACUUCAGAAGAAAAACAAACAAGGAGGACAAUAGAAAUCCUCAUCAGGCUGUUGCAAAGAUCAAAACAGGAAAGAGGAAAAGAAUAUGGGUGAAAUCUCGGCAGAGAUGAAGGUAUAGCUGUGGGGAUGCUACGCGGUCCGCUCGCUCUCACCAUCAUUAAGAGGAAGCAAAUCUGGUCCAGAGUUGGUCUUAAAAUUGUGUUUUGUGGCCAGCUUUGUAUUUGAAAGUCAUCUAGUGUGUUUCCAGCCUGAGACUCAUUUAAAUCUGUCUUUGUCACUUCAGUUUAAACCAAGGCUGUCUGAAUGAUAAUGUGAGUUCUUUAGACUUUAACAUGACACCGGGAUCUUUAGCUUCAGUUUGGUUACAGAGGCCAUUUUAUUUUAUUUAUGUUUAAUGUAAUUUUUUAGCUUAAUCAACUUUUUUUUUGUCUAACUUUGGUAAAACAGACAAAUUUCCUACACUAAAAUGUUCUUCUGUAUGUUAGAAGUUAAACCGGGCUAUGACAGGUUAAGAAGUCAUGCUGUUCAUGCUGCUUUCAUUAACAUUUAAUGUCCUUUUAAUUCUCAAUACUGGGGCUCCGUUAUUUUAAACAUUGCAGUAGGCAGCCAUUACACAUCAUACAGAACUUUCUAACCCAGUGUUAACUGUUUACUGUUCGGAUUAUACCUUAAGCUCUUACUGUAUUUGUAUGUUUUAUGAUAUAUUUUCUAUUAAUUUGUAUAUUUUUUUUAAACCAGCUAGGCCUGUUGUGUUUGUGUCAAAGAGUCUUCAAUCCUGCAAGAAAGAGUUCAACAAAGGGAAGAAAAGUACCGAGAUGCUGUUGUUUAAGCCAAGUGCAAUGAAGGGGGAAGAGAAAGUGGUUCAGUAAAGUUCCGCGGCGAGCAGAAAAGAUACCAAGAGUGCUUCUUUUACGUUCCCAAAGUCGUGCCACAUUUAAGGCAGGAGCUCAUUUAAGAUGGUGGGACGGCGUGUGAAGGAAACAGACCCCCUCCCUGGUUGUUAUGUACCCAGGGUGAGUGAGAGUAGCAUGUUUGAAAAAUCGUUUUUAUAAGAUCUUUGAUUCAGUUGGAAGGAGAUGAGUAACAUUGUUUAUGUGGGGUUGCUUAUUGUUCUAGAAAAAGCAGAAAACAGUUCGACUUAACCUAUGCAUUCAGAGUCUGAUAUUUUUAUAUACAGUACGUUCUGUGUACUUGUAAAAAUAACCUUAGGCACUGUUAAAGUUGUGUUUUUUGUUCUUAAGACUUGUAUCUGUCUUUGAUAAAGCAUGGUCAAUGACUUCCUCUCUUCCUCCUUUUUGUCCAAACGUCUCAUCUCCGUCUGCCUCGGGUUGAUCCGUCUGAUCUUAUUCUCACUUUAAAUGAAGGGACCAGUAACAGUAGCAUGUUUGUGUUGCAGGUUAUUUUCUGUAUAACUGCAUAUGUUUGAAGGAUAGAGGAGGAAAAGUGUGUUUCAGCUUGAAGCCACUAGAGAGAGCAAAAGAGCAAAUAUUACCAUUAAAGAGCCACUCUCUGUAAUACCACAAGUUUAACACCAUGUUUGUUCCUUUUAGCCAUAAAAGCCUUUAAAAACCUGCUCUUGGCUGUUCUUUUAAAUUUUGAAAUGCAUAAUAAAUGCAACUUUUGCACUGUAGAGACAAUUUUUGGGUCAAGUAAAAUCAAGUUCAAAACAAUUCUUACACAAGUAGUAAGUGAAAGUUUUCUGCAGUCCUGGAGUAAAAGUCAACCGGUCAUGUUUGGGGAUUAUCUUCAGUUUUAUAUUAAGCUAAGGGUGGUUGUCAUAGUUUUGUGUGAAAUUAAGCUGCAUUAUUAAGACCUUAUUAGAUCAAUACUAAGGCUUUCAUAUGCUUGUGCAAAGAAAAAACACUAGAUUUCUACACUUUGGGGAAAUUUACCAAAUACAUUCACAAAUCAGUUGGUGGAAAGAAUUCAAAGAUACAGCUGGAUACAUAUUACAUGCUUGCUCAAAAGUACUGGGAUGUUAUUUUUCAAACCUGAAGUGGUUCAGAAGUUUAGGAAUAUUCUUUUAUGUGAAUAAAUUAAUAAUUAAUG